GAAAUGACGUUCAAGAGGUUCCCUUUGAUCACGCAGGGAAAUUGCCCGUCCGCUCUUUCCUUCGAGGCUGAGCUUAAGACACGCUUAGCGACUACCGUUCCCGCAAUGCUUUGCGGGCCCCCCCCCCAGCUUUCACAACCACACCGGUUCCGGGAACUGCGCCUGCGUUGUGAGUUAGCUAGGCGCUGACGCGAGGAGUCCGAGGGGUGUCCGAAAGAAGAGUUACCACCAUCUUAAAACCUUGAGCCGUUUCUGUCCCAGCAAUGUCUGAUGUUGCCCUGGAAGAGCAGCAAGCAACGAGACGCUAAGGUCUACUAUAUCAGCUCUGUCUUAUACAGGGCAGUGACCUGUUGGAGAAUCAACAAGCUGCAAUUGAACACGUUCUACCAUCAUCAUGUCUGGAACUUGUACUCCUACUGCUGGUGGGCCCUUUUCUGCACUUACUCCAAGCAUAUGGCCUCAGGAAAUCCUCGCAAAGUAUACCCAGAAAGAAGAAUCUGUUGAGCAACCAGAAUUCCGAUAUGAUGAAUUUGGUUUCCGAGUAGACAGAGAAGAUGGUGCUGAGCCAAAUUCCAGCAAGCUCUUGGGCAUCCCACUGACUGAAGAGCCACAACAGAGGCUGAAAUGGCAGGCUCACUUGGAGUUCACACACAACCAUGAUGUGGGGGACUUAACUUGGGAUAAGAUUGAAGUCACACUUCCACGUUCAGACAAGCUGCGAUCUCUGGUAUUGGCUGGCAUUCCUCACAGCAUGAGACCACAGCUGUGGAUGCGGCUGUCAGGUGCUCUGCAGAAGAAGAGAAAUACAGAAAUGUCUUACCGAGAAAUUGUGAAGAACAGCUCAAAUGACGAAACCAUUGCUGCCAAACAAAUUGAGAAAGACCUGCUCCGCACUAUGCCCAGCAAUGCUUGCUUCUCCAACAUGAACAGCAUUGGAGUGCCACGACUGCGCAGAAUAUUACGUGGUUUAGCUUGGCUGUAUCCAGAGAUUGGCUACUGUCAAGGCACUGGCAUGGUUGUGGCUUCCUUGCUUCUCUUCUUGGAAGAGGAAGAUGCCUUCUGGAUGAUGUGUGCCAUCAUUGAAGACCUGGUGCCAGCCUCCUACUUCAGCACCACCCUGAUGGGUGUCCAGACAGAUCAACGUGUUCUGCGCCAUCUCAUUGUGCAGUAUCUGCCAAGACUGGACAAACUUCUCCAGGAGCAUGACAUUGAGCUGUCCUUGAUCACCCUGCACUGGUUCCUCACAUCAUUUGCUAGUGUUGUGCAUAUCAAGCUGUUGUUACGCAUCUGGGACCUCUUCUUCUAUCAGGGCUCCAUUGUUCUCUUCCAGGUCACACUGGGUAUGCUCAGCAUGAAGGAAGAUGAACUGAUCCAGUCAGAAAACUCUGCAUCCAUCUUCAAUACCCUCUCAGACAUACCUUCUCAGAUUGAAGAUCCAGAUGUGCUCCUUCAGGAAGCUAUGCGGGUUGCUGGCUCACUAACAGAUAUGGCCGUAGAGACUCAACGUUGCAAACACCUUGCGUACCUCAUUGCAGACCAGGGUCAGCUACUCAACCCUGGUGCGGCUGUUAGCUUAUCGAAGAUUGUGCGCCGCAGGACACAGCACAAGAAGUCUGGCAUCACCUCACUGCUUUUUGGGGAGGAUGAUAUGGAGGCCCUGAAGGCCAAGAAUAUUAAGCAAACUGAGCUGGUUGCAGACUUACGUGAGGCCAUCCUACAAGUGGCACAACAUUUCCAAUGCAUAGACCCCAAGAGCUGCAACAUAGAUCUGACUCCAGAUUAUACCAUGGAGAGCCACCAGCGGGACCAUGAAAGCUAUGUAGCAUGUUCCCGAAAUCAGCGUCGACGUGCCAAGGCGCUCCUGGAUUUUGAGCGCCAUGAUGAUGAUGAAUUAGGCUUCCGCAAGAAUGAUAUUAUCACGAUCAUCUCUCAGAAGGAUGAGCACUGUUGGGUGGGUGAGCUGAAUGGUCUAAGAGGUUGGUUUCCUGCAAAGUUUGUAGAGGUCUUGGAUGAACGGAGCAAAGAGUAUUCCAUUGCUGGUGAUGACUCUGUCACAGAAGGCAUCACAGACUUAGUUAGAGGGACUCUGUGCCCAGCCCUCAAGGCCAUAUUUGAACACGGGCUGAAGAGGCCCUCUCUACUUGGGGGAGCCUGUCACCCUUGGCUCUUCAUUGAAGAGGCUGCUGGACGUGAAGUGGAGCGAGACUUCGAUUCUGUUUAUUCUCGCCUUGUCCUCUGCAAGACAUACAGGUUGGAUGAAGAUGGAAAAGUGCUCACGCCAGAAGAACUGCUUUAUCGAGCAGUACAGUCUGUGAACAUGUCACAUGAUGCAGCACAUGCUCAGAUGGAUGUGAAGCUUCGUUCCCUCAUCUGCAUUGGAUUGAAUGAGCAGGUGCUACAUCUGUGGCUUGAAGUGUUGUGCUCCAGCCUGCAGACAGUGGAGAAAUGGUUCCAUCCCUGGUCAUUCCUGCGUAGUCCUGGCUGGGUGCAGAUCAAAUGCGAGCUCAGAGUCCUCAGUAAAUUUGCAUUCAGCCUCUCUCCAGAGUGGGAACUCCCUGUAAAAAGAGAGGAGAAGGAGAAGAAGCCGUUAAAAGAAGGAGUUCAGGACAUGCUUGUGAAGCAUCACCUCUUCAGUUGGGACAUAGAUGGGUGACAUCAUGCUCAGCCUCUGCUUGGACUUCUUAGAUGGCAUAAAAUACAUGGCAUAUCUCUCUCUUCUUCGCUCAUCUACCCACCCAGUUGCCCCUUCAUGCAUUGUAUACCGCGAACAAGUCUGCCACCUCUCUGAUGGUAUUUUACUUGGUGGGAGAUCACUAUUAUUUUGUAGGAACUUGCCCAAGCAAACAAGCUGAAGGAGCACACUGAAAAAAGCAGAGUUUAUAACUAUUCAAAAUUUGGCUGUUCAACUUCCCUUCUCUAUUUUUCACUAAUUUGACUAUGCAGAGCAUGUAGGCACCUAUGCUACCAGAGUCAUGAGUACUACUUGGGCCCAGAAUCUGAGGCAAGCAACCAUCAACUCUAGGUAAAAGGAAGAGAGUGACCUUGAUUAGGAGAUUGUCAUAACCAGGUAAGAAGAUGCAGAAACGUCCCCUGAUGAUAGCUGUUAACAUUCAUUUCUGCCCAGGAAGGAGAGGGGAUGACUGACUGACAAGGUCCCCAAUGCUUACUUCUCGUGGUAGCAGACUCUUCCUAGAAAGAGAAAAUGUGCGAUGCACCCACCAAAAUGAGAGGCAAUUAUUGACUAGUUUUUAAGGUGCUAUGGUGCAUGAAUGGCUUUGGUACUGCCACAAAGUGCCUAAAAUGAUUGACUGGUAAGACUGCCUUGGAUUUCUGUAAAGGAUGGUGGUAGCAGCAGAAACCGGUCCAUCUCACUCUGUUCUACGAUGGUCCAAAAUUAGUCAUAUUAGGAUGGAGCAAAUUUUUGAAAUUGAUAACCAAAAGUUGAAAGUUUUAUCCAGAAAUAUAUGUAUAUUUUGACAUGUUUUAGAGUACGAGGUUGAUUCAGGACUGAGCUGGCUCAGGGACAGAACUGCAGUCUCCUGCCCCAACAGAGGGAGGAGGCUACAGAAUAGGGAGCACACAAUUUGCUGCAUGGUGGCAGCAAUGAAUGGAGUGCAGGAAUAAUGAAAGCACUGGUUGGAGAGCACAAUCUAAUCAUGAAAUGAAGUAAGGUUCUGUGUCGUUUUGGUUCAUAAAUAAAUUGCACAUCUUGUGACAGCAGGAGGGGAAGUGGGAUUGAUCUUUCAUAUGCCUUUAAGCCUUAUUUUCUAUUUUCCAGAACAAUGGCUGUAAUAGUGUUCUGGCAGGAGUAUGAAGGAUGACGUUAAGUACUAAGUAUUAUGUGACUGCUUGAGCAGCCCUGUAGAGAAUGUAUUCCUCCUAAAGUAGUAGUGCUGUUGCAGUCUGGCCUUCUACAAUAUUCUGCUUGUGAACCAGAAACAACAGGUAACAAAGUAUGUAGGAAAAGCAGCCCUGGUUUCCUUAAUUUACUGGAUGGUAGCAAAAUAUCUAGUAAUGAGAGAGAGAAUGCAGUGAUGAUCAGUGCUGACAGUGGAGAUUUAACUUGUUACUUGAACUGCAACUUGCACCAAUAGCAACAAUAUGAACUGAUUCUUCAUCACUCCACAAGAGUUGAAUGCUUUUACUACAUUUUCACCAUGAUACAUUAUAGGGCAUCUAUAAUAUCAUGACCAAAGAUGAGAUGUACAAAGAUGCUAGAACACAUUUUUUUAAUAAAAUGGAUUUUUCAAAUAUC